AGGACCACUCUCCUGGGACUCCGGCUUCUUGACUUCUGCCCCUCCGCUCCUGCGCCCCAAAACUACAUCAUGGCUGGAGAAUUCACUGCUGACCAGAUUGAGGACUUCAAAGAGGCCUUUGGUCUCUUUGACAGAGUUGGUGACAGCAAGGUUGCCUACAACCAGGUUGCCGAUAUCAUGCGUGCCCUGGGUCAGAACCCCACCAACAAGGAUGUGAAGAAAAUCCUGGGUGACCCAUCUGCUGACGACAUGGCCAACAAAAGAAUUGACUUUGAGGCUUUCCUGCCAAUGCUCAAGACUGUUGACGCCAACCAGAAAGGUACCUAUGAUGACUACGUUGAGGGUCUGCGCGUCUUCGACAAAGAGGGCAACGGCACAGUGAUGGGCGCUGAGCUGCGCAUUGUGCUGUCAACACUGGGUGAGAAGAUGAGCGAGCCAGAGAUUGACGCUCUCAUGCAGGGACAGGAGGAUGAGAACGGCAUGGUCCACUAUGAGGCUUUCGUCAAGAACAUCAUGUCCGUGUAAGAAGUCAUCCGUCUAGGGAGUGGUGAAGAAGGCUGAAUUACAUCUGCAGACCCCACGGUGUCAGGACAUCCAUUUUGUUUUGAAGACCAAUCACUAAAAAGGACUAUGGGAUGUCACUUCUAAACCAUUCUGUUCUUUUUUUUUUUUUUUCCUCACUCACCCAUCGUUUUGGAAGUCACAUCGUCCUCAUGCAGUCAACCCACCUCGCCUUCUUGUUCCGACCGGUGGCGUCUGUCCACAGUGGGAUGGAGACCGGGGAAGAAGGAAAAGGCCACUCAUGAAGUGAGGGUUGCUUUCCUUUUUCUCCGCCCGUCCAGGGUUUCGACAGCACCUCUUAGCUGUGUGUUAAAGGCACAUGACGUUACUGUGGCCAGGCUGCCAAUAUUCCCCCAUCCCAAUUUUCACACAGUCAUUUCACAAUAAACUUUUUUCCAAAAGUA